GCCCCGCCCUCCGGCCCCGCCCCCGAGCCUGGCCCCGCCCGCCGUGGGGGCACCUGGGAAGAGGCGGAGAACAAUAUGGCGGAUGGCGAGGAGCCGGAGAAGAAAAGAAGGAGAAUAGAGGAGCUGCUGGCUGAGAAAAUGGCUGUUGAUGGUGGGUGUGGGGACACUGGAGACUGGGACGGUCGCUGGAACCAUGUAAAGAAGUUCCUCGAGCGAUCUGGACCCUUCACACACCCUGAUUUCGAACCGAGCACUGAAUCUCUCCAGUUUUUGUUAGAUACAUGUAAAGUUCUAGUCAUUGGAGCUGGCGGCUUAGGAUGUGAGCUCCUGAAAAAUCUGGCUUUGUCUGGUUUUAGACAGAUUCAUGUUAUAGACAUGGACACUAUAGAUGUUUCCAAUUUAAAUAGGCAGUUUUUAUUUAGGCCUAAAGAUGUUGGAAGACCUAAAGCUGAAGUUGCUGCAGAAUUUCUAAAUGACAGAGUUCCGAAUUGCACUGUAGUUCCACAUUUCAACAAGAUCCAGGAUUUUAAUGACACUUUCUAUCGACAAUUUCAUAUAAUUGUAUGUGGAUUGGACUCUAUCAUAGCCAGAAGAUGGAUAAAUGGCAUGCUGAUAUCUCUUCUCAAUUAUGAAGAUGGUGUAUUAGAUCCAAGCUCCAUUGUCCCUUUGAUAGAUGGGGGGACAGAAGGUUUUAAAGGAAAUGCCCGGGUAAUUUUGCCUGGGAUGACUGCUUGUAUUGAAUGCACUCUGGAGCUGUAUCCACCACAGGUUAAUUUUCCCAUGUGCACCAUUGCAUCUAUGCCCAGGCUACCAGAACACUGUAUUGAGUAUGUAAGGCUAUUGCAGUGGCCCAAGGAGCACCCUUUUGGAGAAGGGGUUCCAUUAGAUGGAGAUGAUCCUGAUCAUAUUCAGUGGAUUUUCCAAAAAUCUCUAGAGAGAGCAUCACACUAUAAUAUUAGGGGUGUUACAUACAGACUCACGCAAGGGGUAGUAAAACGAAUCAUCCCUGCAGUAGCUUCCACAAAUGCCGUCAUUGCAGCUGUGUGUGCCACUGAAGUUUUUAAAAUAGCCACCAGCGCAUAUAUUCCCCUUAAUAAUUACUUGGUAUUCAAUGAUGUAGAUGGACUGUACACAUACACAUUUGAAGCAGAGAGAAAGGAAAACUGUCCAGCUUGUAGCCAGCUUCCACAAAAUAUUCAGUUUUCUCCAUCAGCAAAACUACAGGAGGUUUUGGAUUAUCUAACCAAUAGUGCUUCUCUGCAGAUGAAAUCUCCAGCCAUCACAGCAACAUUAGAGGGAAAAAAUAGAACCCUUUACUUACAGUCAGUAACCUCUAUUGAAGAACGAACAAGGCCAAAUCUCUCCAAGACAUUGAAAGAAUUGGGACUUGUUGAUGGACAAGAACUGGCAGUUGCUGAUGUCACCACACCACAGACAGUACUAUUCAAACUUCAUUUUACUUCUUAAGGAAAAUAAAUCUGCACAUAAUAGAAAAUUUAUGAAAAUACUAUACUUUGUGGAUGCUAAGAAAUUUGAUUUAUUUUUAGCACUAGUAUUGCUGAAAUUUGACCUUUUUUUUUUUAAAAUGUAAUGAGCCACUCUUUUUUAAUAACUGUCCCUUGAAGACAAAAUUUGGGGUUGGUGCUUGUAAGUAUUUUCAUUAAUAAUCUAUAUAUAUAAAAGCCUAAGCAACUGAACAAC